UGUGUCAGCAAGGGCAUUCUAGUCUUUUUUGUCUCUGAUCUGACACAAUACGCCACGUGUCCAUUCCCCUUUGGUUAAGCCUUCGGCUUUUUUGUGCCUCCUGACACCAUUUGAGUAAGAUGAGAUCAUAAUGACCAGUCUAGUCUUGUUUAGGCUAGUGAUCUGUCCAUCAAUAGCCCCUGCAGGAGCAAAAAAUUCCACGCAGAUAGAUACCUCUUGGUGUUGAGGGACUAGCAUGAUUUAGGACCGAUGUACCCAAACUGCCGAGGAAUACGUGUCGGUCCAUGGUGGUUUGGGGAUUCUUGAUCCUUGUGAAUAGAAUCCUCGGGACAGGGGGUUUGGAAAACUGACGAAGACGUGUCGGUAUCACAGCGCGUCUCCAUUGACGCCAGGUACACGCGUCAUCAUCGUCAUCAUCUGGGAGUGCCUGGAAAUGUCCCAUCAGUAUACAAAGGUUUUAAUUGCUAAUUGAUUUGGACUCAAAUCGAAAAACCUAUUCACCCCCUCUAUGUAUAGUGUCUUGCAUGUAUAAUCGUGAGAGAGGAUCUAUAUCGGAUUCCACAUCCCAGAACAUCCCAGAACAACACGUGUUAACAAAGGAGAAUCGUUUAGGAAAAUAAGGCUGCGUGUAUUUAGAUACUGGUGAUGUUGGUUGCUGUCAUCUCUAAUAAAAAGUUGGCUUAUGCUGCUAGCCUGUGUUGACUGCUAAAAAUUAUGUUCUUAUUUUGAUGCCCUGAUAUGCUGUUUUUACGUGUAAAUUCCGUUGUUUGCAUCCAUAUCUGUCUUUGAUUUAUCUUUUUUCGAUAAGUCAUAUUCGUCUCUGUGUAAAUUGUAUGAUACCAUAUACCUUGCAGUAGCAUUGAUAACGAUGGCCAUAUUGUCUAUUGUGAUAUUUCUACUCAAAAGUUAUUAAUUGGCAUUUAUGAUUGUACAUUGUGUUUUAAUUUUAUAAUAUAUGCAAUUGGUUUCUAAUGAUAAGAGAUGCUUCAAACAUGGCAGGAGCAAAAAUCUGCAUUACAUCUUUGUCCCGUUGUAGCAAAAAGUGGGCAGGUUACUUCAUGUGCAUAUAAGGACAAGUGCCGCUUCAGCCAUGACUUAGAAGCCUUUACGUCUCAGAAACCUGCUGAUUUAGAGGGCAACUGUCCUUUUCUGGGUAAUGAAGGACAAUGCCCUUAUGGAUUGGCCUGUAGAUUUGCAGGUACACAUAAAAAUGAUGUUCCUGCUGGAACUUUCCAUGUUCAGAAGAAAAGCUCUGAAAUGAAUAGUUUGAACAAAAAUGUUCAGAAGAUUCUCUGGAAAAACAAAAUGAGGUUUCCAAAGGCAGAUGCUAAGCUCAAACUUCUUGGGCUUUUGGGGCAUGUGAAUUCUAAGGUGAAAAGGUUGGCAGAUAAUGAGGAAGGUGAUCAAACUCUUAUGAAUGGGUCUCAUGCUACUGCUGACAAUGGUUGUAGUGAACAAGCUGGUAACCUCAUUAAUAAAGCAGAGUGCUCUCCAAAGGUGCCAGAGGAAGAUGAUAAUAUAGAUGGUGCAUUUAUUGGUGAUGAUCUUAGACCGCUGAAAAAGGCAAAAACUCCAGAUGAUGAUAGUUGUUUUCCAAGUAAAGUAAAUAAUGGUGCAACUGUCCAAACGGAAGAGCCCAAAAAAGGUUGUGUGCAGAAUGCUUCAGCGAUUAUAUCUGACCUUAUUCUUACAGAUAGUGACAACAGCCUAAAAUUACACCCACGUGAAAAGAAGCUUAUUGACUUUAGAGAAAGGCUCUAUCUUGCACCUCUGACCACAGUUGGAAAUCUUCCUUUCCGAAGGGUUUGCAAGGUGUUGGGAGCUGAUGUAACAUGUGGUGAAAUGGCGAUGUGCACAAAUCUCUUGCAGGGUCAAGCUUCAGAAUGGGCACUGCUGAGACGGCAUUCUUCUGAGGACUUGUUUGGCGUUCAGAUAUGUGGCGCAUUUCCAGACACAGUUGCACGAGCUGUUGAACUUAUUGAUCAAGAAUGCACAGUGGACUUCAUUGAUAUUAAUAUGGGGUGCCCAAUUGAUGUUGUGGUUAAUAAGGGUGCAGGGUCAGCUCUUCUCACAAAACCAAUGCGGAUGAAAAACAUCAUACAAGCAGCUUCUGGCACAGUGGACAAACCUGUAACUGUUAAAGUGCGAACAGGUUAUUUUGAGGGGAGAAACCGCAUUGAUUCUGUAGUAGCAGAUAUUGGUAAUUGGGGAGCCACUGCAGUGACUAUACAUGGUCGAUCACGUCAGCAACGCUACAGCAAGCUUGCUGAUUGGGAAUACAUCUACGAGUGUGCUAGAAAGGCGCCUGAUUCGUUGGAAGUCCUUGGAAAUGGGGACGUGGCUUCGUAUUUAGACUGGAACAAACACAAGUCUGACUGCCCUGAGCUUUCUACAUGCAUGAUUGCUCGAGGAGCAUUGAUUAAGCCUUGGAUAUUUACUGAAAUCAAGGAACAGAGGCACUGGGACAUCACUUCUGGGGAACGAUUAAAUAUGUUGAAGGAUUAUGUACGUUUUGGCCUGGAACACUGGGGUUCUGAUGGAAAAGGAGUGGAGACAACCAGACACUUCUUGUUAGAAUGGCUUAGUUACACGUAUAGAUAUGUUCCUGUUGGUCUAUUAGAUGUUAUCCCGCAACGAUUGAACUGGCGGCCACCCUCAUACUUUGGUCGUGAUGACCUUGAGACACUUAUGGCCUCUGAGUCUGCAGCAGACUGGAUCAGAAUCUCUGAGAUGUUACUUGGCAAGGUUCCUGCUGGAUUUACAUUUGCACCGAAGCACAAGUCUAAUGCUUAUGAUAGGGCAGAAAAUGGUUAAUUUUGGCAUGUAAUUUGGGGUCGUAUACUGUAGUGGUUUCUGCUUGCUCUCUCUCGCACGGCAUGAGUGUUGAUGCUGGGACUACAAUUUGGUUAGGGCAUGCUGCAAGAAUAUGCUCCCAGAUUAUGGCAGGAGGACUUGCAACAAGUGUUAUCUGUAUUUUAAAUUAUGUCUUAAUGAAUUCGUGAAAUGUACCGAAAAUCGGAAACUGAAUAAUUUUGUAUUUUCAUUGAUGUUCAUUUUUGAGAGAAAAUUAAAAGGAAAUAAUUGAUGAGAUAAAUGUAGCUCUGCAACUAAAGACUGGCCAAAUUUUUGGAGUUCCAGAAGCUAGCCUCCUCACCUGUGAUAACUUGUCAUUUUUGCAUUUCAGAUUUG